AUGAUGAGAACGAGGACGGUACCAUCAUCAUCGCAAUCGUUGUUUUUUAGGAGGAGGAAGUUGUCUCCUAAAGUUCUGCAUCGCACACAGGCUGCGAAAGCUUCUUUAACUUCUUUAAAAACAACUGGAUCUUCACUCUUUCUCGCGUUGGACGAAUUCAACGCGGAAUGCAUCGCGGGCGAAACAAACGCGGUAAACGGGCGCCUGUACGCACACGCGGAUAUAUUUCGACGGGCACAAACGAAAACGAACGAAAUGAAAGAAGAUUUAGCGCGAGAAAUCGAAAACGAGAUACGCGCGAGCACGAAGAGAGAACACAUCGAAGCGGCGAGAGCGAGGAAAAAAAUAGACCAAAUGCAGGAGGCGUUUCAACUGUAUCGGGAGGACGUGGCAGCGCUGACGAGGAUUCAGACGAUUCAGACGACAAAGAGAAAGUGCGAUGAUGAUAACGAUGAUGUAAAUGGAAGCGAGGACAAAACUGAUGCAGAGAAUAGAUAUAAUACGAUAGACGUGAUGCAGACGAUGCAGACGAAAACAUCCGGUAACAUUCAGACCAACUUUUUCAUUCGCAAAGACGACUGCGACGAGUAUGGCCGAGCGGUUCGGCUCGUCGGAAGCUGCAAAGAACUCGGCCAAUGGGAUGUGCAGAAGAGCACGGAGUUGAAGAAAGUGGAUACAAAAGAUAACUUAUACGCGUGUUCGUUGGAUAUGAGCGCGAAAUCCAUAGACGACGGGUUCAAGUUUAAGUUUUUUACGUGCUGCGCGAAGAAAGAGAACAACAACGUCGAAGACGUCGAUUGGCAAACGUGCGAAGACGGUUCUUUCCGGAACGCCAUCGACGGAAGCGGCGAAACGAUUGCGUUGAACUUUACGGUAGAUUGGAUGGGAAACAAAGAGGAAGAACGGGUAUGGGUGUGUCAAUCGUUAGAACGAUGA